GAUUUGUACGUGAAUAUAUAUUAAUAUACAUAUAUACACACACACAGACACACACAUACACACACAUAUAUAAAUCUAUAUAUAUGUGUGUGUAUGUGUGUGUGUGUGUGUUUGUGUAUCGGUAAAGUGACACCGUCUUUUGUUGAGGCAAGUGUGCGUUCGUCUCCCUCCGGUUGGGCAGCGGCUUUAAAGGAUAAAGUGUCCGUGUUCGUAUUGUUCAGAAACCGGUUCUUGGGAUUUGGCCCGGGACACCAGGACCGGGACUUCAGCGGGUCAUCCCGGGCAAGGAUUGCUUUUUGAAGUUGUUUUGCAGCAGUCUCGGAACUCUAGAAUCACCAGACUGGCGGCUCUUCUGAAACACUGGGGUUGUUGGUGUGGCCAAAUUUUCCCUGGAUUUGACUAGUAAAUUCAGAAGACUGAAGCCCAGGCUCACAGUCUACCUUUCACGGAGGCCCAGCCGUGAGAGGACUGAGGAAGGCACGUGGCGGAUCAUGACGGCCGACAAAGAGAAGGAAAGGGAGAAGGAGAGGGACAGGGACAGAGACAGAGACCGGGACAAGAGGGAGGUUGCUGGAAAGUCCCGUCGGCAGGACGUGGACCGGGCCGAUCGAGAGAGUGAGAGCUCCAGGCCCCGGCGCAGCUGCACGCUGGAGGGUGGGGCCAAGAACUACGCCGAGAGUGAGCACAGCGAGGACGAGGACAAUGACAAUGGCAGCACAGGUGGAGGCAGCGGCACAGCAGAGGAGGCCGGCAAGAAGGGCAAGAAGAAGACCCCCAAGAAGAAGUCACGCUAUGAACGCACAGAGAAUGGAGAGAUCACCUCUUUCAUCACAGAAGAUGACGUUGUUUACAGACCCGGAGAUUGUGUGUAUAUCGAGAGCCGGCGGCCCAACACUCCGUACUUCAUUUGUAGCAUUCAAGACUUCAAGCUGGUGAGUGGUCCUUUUUCCUCCCUCCUCUGUCCCUCUGCCUGUCCCUCGGUCCUCACCCUGGCCUACAGUUCAGGCACCCACCCAACCACCCACUGCUUCUCCUUAUCUCCCAGCCCCACCGCUGUUGUUCUAGCAGCCUGGGAAAGCCACUUCAAACAGGGCUUUCAUCUGCCGUAAUUGCCUGCAUGCAAGUGCUAGAAGAAAGAUGCAUGCUUGCACUUUUUUUUCCCCUGCAUGCACCACA